GUUGUUUUGCCAACAUGGCGGCGCCCAGAGUGACUGGCUGGGUCUUGCUCGUGUAAUGCUUGGGGAACGAGGCAGAAGGUAGCAGCUGGCCAGACAGAGCCUGAGCGCAGAAAGCCCCGCCUGGGGCUCAGGAAGACGAGAGACAAGCCCCGCUUAGCCCCCGGAGCUGAAGGUGCGGACAGGCUCGGGAGUCCCGGGACCUUGGAGUUUGACAAAAUGGGAAAAGCUCCGAGAUUCUAGUCUAUAGGCUCUUUCAGCCAUGGACCCUGUUGACAGCUCCGGACUCUUGCUCGGAGAACGCACAUCUUCACAUGGCUUUGUAUUCGAAUUCUCCUCUACUACUCACCUCCCCCCGGGUGCCUGGAUCUUCUCUUCGGGGUUGGGGGUUUGGACCCAGAAAAGGACCAUCAGUACUACAUCUUUGGGGGACCCACAGUAUUAAUUAGGACCCGCAGGUCUUCACAAGUCGCCUGGAUCUUAACAGGCUCACAGCUUACAGAGAAGGGUCUUCUCUCCUGAAGAAUGGCAUCCACUUGUCAGAGGCUGAGUUUCUAUGUCUCUCCUCUGAAAAGGCAGCUAGUUAGCAGGCCACCUGUCAUCCUGUGGGAAAGACUAAUUCCAGGGUGUUCCAGAAGUAUCUACAGUGCCACCGGGAAGUGGACAAAGGAGUACACACUGCAGACAAGGAAGGAUGUGGAGAAGUGGUGGCACCAACAGAUAAAGGAGCAAGCGUCCAGAGUCUCAGAGGAAGAUAAAUUAAAGCCCAAAUUCUACUUGCUCUCCAUGUUCCCAUACCCUUCUGGCAAGCUGCACAUGGGCCAUGUCCGUGUCUACACCCUCAGCGACACCAUUGCACGGUUCCAGAAAAUGAGAGGCAUGCAGGUUAUCAACCCCAUGGGGUGGGAUGCAUUUGGAUUGCCUGCUGAAAAUGCUGCCAUAGAGAGGAAUUUGCACCCUGAAAGCUGGACCCAAAGCAAUAUUAAACACAUGAGGAAGCAGCUCGACCGCCUCGGCCUGUGCUUCAGCUGGGACAGGGAAAUCACUACAUGUUUGCCAGAUUACUACAAAUGGACUCAAUACCUGUUUAUCAAACUCUAUGAAGCAGGACUGGCCUAUCAAAAGGAGGCCUUGGUUAACUGGGAUCCAGUGGAUCAAACAGUGCUAGCCAAUGAGCAGGUGAAUGAAUAUGGCUGUUCAUGGCGUUCUGGAGCCAAGGUAGAGAAGAAAUACCUCCGACAGUGGUUCAUUAAGACAACUGCUUAUGCAAAGGCCAUGCAGGAUGCGUUGGCAGACCUCCCAGAGUGGUACGGAAUCAAAGGCAUGCAGGCCCACUGGAUUGGGGACUGUGUAGGCUGUCACCUGGACUUCACAUUAAAGGUUGAUGGAGAAGACACAGGAGAGAAAUUGACAGCAUACACAGCCACCCCUGAGGCCAUCUAUGGCAUCUCCCACGUGGCCAUCUCUCCUAGCCACGGGCUUCUACAUGGCUGCAGCUCUGUGAAGAAAGCCUUGCAGAAGGCACUAGUCCCUGGCAGAGAUUGCCUCACACCAGUGAUGGCUGUGAGCAUGCUCACCCUGCAGGAGGUCCCCAUCGUUAUCAUGGCUAACCCUGACUUGGAAGGCUCUCUAGAUUCAAAAAUAGGAAUCCCCAGCACCAGCUCAGAGGACACCAGACUGGCCCAAGCUCUGGGCCUACCCUACUCUGAGGUCAUUGAAGCUUCACCCGAUGGCACAGAGAGACUGAGUGGAUCUGCUGAGUUUACAGGUAUGACCAGGCAGGAUGCCUUUGUAGCCCUGACUCGGAAAGCCCGUGGGAUGAGAGUGGGUGGACACGUGACAAGUAACAAGCUGAAGGACUGGCUGAUCUCACGGCAGCGCUACUGGGGCACACCGAUCCCCAUUGUCCACUGCCCAGCCUGUGGCCCUGUGCCUGUGCCACUGCAAGACUUGCCUGUGAUUUUGCCCAGCAUUGCAUCUUUAACGGGCAGAGGAGGCUCCCCGCUGGCCACGGCUUUGGAGUGGGUGAACUGCUCCUGCCCAAGGUGCAAGGGAUCAGCAAAGAGAGAGACGGACACCAUGGACACCUUUGUGGAUUCUGCGUGGUACUACUUCAGAUACACUGACCCUCAUAAUACUCAAAGUCCUUUUGGCUCGGCACUGGCAGACUUCUGGAUGCCCGUGGAUCUGUACAUCGGAGGAAAGGAACAUGCUGUCAUGCACUUGUUCUAUGCACGAUUCCUCAGUCAUUUUUGCCACGACCAAAAGAUGGUGAAGCACAGGGAACCUUUCCAUAAACUACUGGCCCAAGGCCUCAUUAAGGGACAGACAUUCCGCCUUCCAUCUGGACAGUGUCUGAAGAAGGAGGAUAUAGAUUUCACAGGUCCUGCUCCUGUUUGUGCAAAAACAAAAGAGAAGUUAGAGGUGACGUGGGAGAAGAUGAGCAAGUCCAAACACAAUGGGGUGGACCCUGAGGAGAUUGUGGCCCAAUAUGGAAUUGACA